AUAAUAUCUACUAUUCUGUAGAAAAAUAUAUUAAUUAUGCAGAAUUUAAAAGAUUUAACACAAAUAGUGGUCUAAUUACAGAAUUUCAUUCUAUUCUCAAGGUAUUUGCAUAUUUCAUAUAUAAAUACACUAAAGAAUAUUUGGUAGUUUAUGACUUACAAGGUGUUGAUCUUCAUAGUGAAUUCUUGUUAACAGAUCCAGCUAUACACUGUGUUGAUUUAUUAAAAUUUGGCAAAACAAACUUAGAAAAGA